CGCUCUAUGACCCGGAUGUGAUUCCGCCGAGCAAUGGUGGGUGAGCGGAUCUGGAUUGCGUCCCUCAUGUAAACAACACAACACAUUGCGCACUCCUUUGUUUGUUUAAGGACAGAAAACCAGCGGCGAUCAGGAGCAUGAGAUUAUCUCGCGAAAGUCGCCUCAUCUGAGAAAUAAACAUGUCGAUGGAAGAUCCGUUUUUUGUGGUGAAAGGGGAGGUGCAGAAGGCCGUGAACAACGCUCAAGGGCUUUACCAAAGAUGGAUGGAGUUAUCACAGGACCCGGGUGGUGCCACCAAGGAGGAAGUUGACUGGACCACCAAUGAGCUGCGAAACAGCUUGAGGUCCAUUGAAUGGGACCUGGAGGAUCUGGAUGAGACCAUCAGUAUUGUGGAGUCUAAUCCAAAGAAGUUCAAUCUGGAUAUGAUGGAGCUGGCCAAGAGAAAAGCUUUCAUUACUAGUACACGGCAAACAGUCAAGGAACUGAAAGACCACAUGACUAGUCCAGCAGGCAUUUCGGAGAAGAAGAAUCGACAGACUUUGAUGGGGGACGCUGGAUCCCGUGGCCCAAUCUGGCAACCUAGUAGUGAUAAGUACACUAGACUUGAUAAUGAGCUGCAGUCUGCAAACUCCCAGUUCAUUGAUGAUCAACAGAAUCAGCAACAGAUCAUUGCGGAAAAGCAAGACGAGCAAUUAGAGCUGGUGUCAGGAACCAUCGGCGUCCUGAAGAACAUGUCUCAAAGGAUCGGUCAAGAACUAGAUGAGCAGGCUGUGAUGCUAGAUGACUUUUCACACGAGAUGGACAACACUCACUCUAGGAUGGAUAAUGUUAUGAAGAAACUGGCUAAGGUUUCUCACAUGACCAGUGAUCGAAGACAGUGGUGUGCUAUCGGCAUUCUGGUGGCUAUCCUUUUUGUUGUGAUAAUCCUCCUCAUUGUUCUGUGAACAAACCACUACAGCCCUUUACCUGCAUAUAUUCACAAACUAAGGUGCUUGGAAGGGAGAAAACAAACAAAAACAUUUUCCUCUCCAUCUCUAUUCCAUUACACUGUAUUAUGAUGCUGCUUUAUACUUUCUUUUUAGUUUCCCUAUGAAUAAAGAGUGUCGCAAAUGUGUAAAAUACUGAUUACAAGUGAACAAACGAAAAACGGUUUAGAAGUAGUGAGGUAACGCAGGGUAAGUCGUGCAUUUAUUUUCGAAUGGACCAUCAUUUUUAACACGAGGUUGUACGAACGUAUAGCGACGUCUAGGGCUACUAAAAAAAUAAAUGUUUAUUAUCUUUACCGUGCACUACUGUAACAGUAGCUUUAGACCACUGUAAAUAAUCACCACUUAAUAUGAAGUUCUAAAGCCCCGUUCAGACCGCAAGCGACUAGCGGUAGCAGAGCGACAUGAUCUCAUUCAUUUCAGUUGAAGUGUUGGCGACUUCCUGCGACAGGAAGUGGGCGUAUUUAGCGAUGCAACAAAGUUGGGAAAAGUUAACUUUACGCAAAUGAUGACCAGAAUUAGAAACGCCUCCUAACGACCCCAUUGAAAGAGAUGGGCGACAGACAGCGAGAAAGUUGCUAGUGGUCUGAACGGGGCGUCACAUGUUAACACUGGAGAAACAGAUGCUGUUUAAGCAGGUAUGUUACUAAUUAUACUAAGUUAGCUUAAAAGUCUUUCUUUCUGUGUGCUUUGUUUACUUCGACUUAUUGUGAAACAUUCAUUAGUGAGAUUAUAGUAUGAAGGUUUCGGCACUUCAUGAACUAUGUUUUUUAACAUUGAAGGUAUUGUUAUGAAUAACUGCUCAUAUAGGCUAACAACUAAAUCCAAAAACAGUUUACUUGUGUUUUAUAGUUUGAUAUUAUUGGAUCUUUACUUUGUGAAUUGCGUGACAAUUGUUUGUAUGAUUUAUGCGUUGAAAGUCAAAAAGACGAUCACUUUAGUUUUUAGGUUAAACUGAAUUUGACUACGUAGUUGGAUUCUGUAAAGUUUAAGUCCGUAUCUAGCCAGUGCCUUAGGUGUAAGGAGGGUCGACUUGCAUUUCAUUUUAAAACGCAGAGCGCUCUUGACACGACACUUGGUAGUAUUUCUUAUAUUUUAAACAGUAUCGCGUAUAUUCAGUUAAUGCCUAGCUUCGGUCCGUUUAUAUUUACACUAACUCGAUUUGUAUUUUUACUGCUCAUGCAAAUGAAAUCUAUAAAGCAGCAGUCAAUAGUAUGCAAAUCAUUGUAUUCAUUUGUUGGCUUUGUCGUAAGAGCGAUAAUACACAUAUUAUGUGUAAAACAUGGAGCACAUUUAUCUUAUUAGAUAUUUGAAUGGUUUGUUUCAUUUUAUUUUGUUUAAAUCUCUUGGAAGAGUUUUAUGAAGAAAUGUUAAAAAAUUGUCAUAUUUCACCAGAAAUAACACAAAAAUGUUUUGCAUGAAUAAAAACCUUUCACUUUUAGACAUAUUACGGUUUUUGCAUUGUGAUAUGACGAUUUAAUGCAUUUACUGUAAUGAAAACAAAAUCUCAGUACUUGAAUGCGAAUUUACAUACGAUUUUAUGUGUACGCGAAUAUACACGCACAGUUGAGCGUACAGCAUCGUAAAGCAUAGUUUAUUUGACUCGUAUAUGUACACAGAUGUUCGAAAUACGUGCACACGUAAGUGCGCGUACAGUGCACACAAACUAUUUUGAUGAUGAUAUUUGCGCUGUAUCCGGACCCUCGCAUAUGCGUAAAAACUAAACUAUAAUUCUAGCUUGAUGCUACGGAGCCCCUAAGGGUACAUGGAGCAAAAAUUAAAUAAAGUUUUGUUUCGCGUGCGCAUGCAAAACUAACAAGUUUAGUUUCGAAACUUUCACGUGCGCACACGAUAGUUUCACGUGAGCAUGCGAAACUAAUCUUUAAAAAAUUUUUGCGUGAGAACAUAAAAGUUUCACGUGAGCACAUGAAACUAAACUUUAGAUUUUUUACUCCAAUGUCACCUUAGGGGCUCGGUAUGAUAGAGAAAUUAUACAUUUUGGAAUACUUAACUAACAUAAAACACGAUUAAUUUUUUAUUAUUAUUUAGGUGAAAUAUGACAUGAGCAUGGCAUUAGACUUACUUUAUAAAUUUUACAUAAACUGUUUGUUUUUAAGCAAUCACUCCACUCCACUGUUUUUCAAUAGAGGAUGAAUACAGGGACUUUACAGUAUUUUAACUCGAUAUUUUUUUUUGUUGGUCGAUAAAAUAGUGUUACAUGAUACCGACUCCUCUUUGUCACAUGAUGCGACAUGUAAUUUCUGAUUGGUUUGAAGUAUUAUUGCAAAUAUUGCUCUGUAAAUUAUGCAAAUGUACAAUAUGAAUAAACAGCAAGGUCACCGGUCUGCAGUGGCUGCACAUAAAGAUCAAGGUUGUGAACGUCUGAUAAACGCUGUUCUUCCUUUUUGUGUGAAAUCUUGUUGUGUUUGUUUGACCCGUCUCUUUUGUUGAUUUUUAUCUGUUAGAAAAUGUAUGUAAAACAACCUUAUGUUCUCCCACACCCUGCAGUUUUUGUCAAUGUGUAAAAUCCUAAGCCUGAAUAAAAACAAAUCACUAACAUAA